GUCAUUGAAAGUUUUUUGUUCUAUAAUAUAUGUUAAUGUAUAAACUUUAGUAAACAAUCCAUUCAAUAAUUGUGAAAAUCAACAAUAUCAAAGGAAAGAAAGAGAAAGAACGUAAUAAUUAUUAACCUUAUUUGGAUAAUUUCUUUUACAUUUUUCGAACAUGUUCUACAAUUUUUACACGGAUCGUACUCAAGAUCAAUAAAAUUAAGUAAACACUUUUGUUUCUAGAUCUACUUAACGAAUUUGGAGAAAUUUUACUGAAAGUUUUCCACAUUUGUUUAAACAAUGGACAGUGAAAAUAGUUCCACGAAAGAUAAAGAAUCGCCAGUUGAUAAUAAGGAUGUGAUAGAAACUUUGGAUUCAGCACUCGAGGAUAAUGGAUUAGUUGUGAAAGCAACAGAAGCAAGUGAAGAAAUUGGCGAUGAUUACGGAUGCGAGCAUUAUAAACGAAAAUCGAAAUUUGUGACACCAUGUUGUAAUAAAGUGUAUACAUGUAGAUUUUGCCACGAUGAGCAGGAAACGCAUACGGUUAAAAGAAAAGAGGUUACGGAAUUAAUUUGCGUUUUGUGUGAUACUCGUCAACCAGUUCAGGCCACAUGCCAGAAAUGUCAUUGUCGAUUUGGCAAGUACACCUGCCUUGAAUGCAACCUGUUUGACGAUGUUGAUAAGAAACAGUAUCAUUGUAAUGGAUGCGGCAUAUGUAGACUCGGUGGUCGAGAUAGAUUUUUCCAUUGUGCCAAGUGCAACAUGUGUUUACCUGUGGAACUACAAAAUGGUCACAAGUGCGUUGAGAAUGUAUCGCAUUCGAAUUGUCCGGUCUGUUUGGAUUUCAUUCACACGAGUCGUAUUCCCUGUCAUAUACCGACUUGCGGACAUUUGCUUCAUGGGAUUUGUUUUCAAGAUCUUCUCCAUUCGGGACAUUACGCUUGUCCAACUUGUCAAACUUCUCUCCUCGAUAUGACUGAAUUGUGGCGAUUUUUGGACAGUGAAGUAAUUCUCACUCCAAUGCCACCGGAAUAUGAAGACAUAAUGGUUGAAAUUCUCUGCAAAGACUGUCACAAGGAAUCAACUGUUAAAUUUCACAUAGUCGGCCUAAAAUGUUUGAGAUGUGGAAGUUACAACACCUGCAGAAUCAAGGAAACAUCCGGUUUGUGUAAUAAUCAAACAGAAGAAGUUGCGAGUGGAAGUGGAGAAGCUGAUCAUUGAUAGAAAAUUAAUGAUGAAUGGCAAAAUUAUUGAGUUGAAUUCGAAAGAAAAACAUUCCAUGGUAAAAAAAUCACCUAUAUGCUCGAUAGUGUGAUAUUUUGACAAUUUCUGAAUUAUUUUUUUUUUAGUUUAUAAGUAUUCAAAGUAGACAAUUUUAUUCUUCUUAAUAUCACACGUAGAUUGAUUUUGAAUUUUUAAGAAAUUGUAAUAUAUAUACAAAAAAUAUAUAUAUAUAUAUUUAUAGAUUUUUUAAAUAUUAGUCAAAACAAUAUUAGGAUCUGUUAAAUUAACGAUUUUUCAGCAAGAAAAUAUCAACUAAAGUUGAUAAAAAAAGAUUUUGCCUCCAAACUAAAAUGAAUACCAAUUUUCCUCGUACAAUUUCUUUUUCAAACAAUUAAUCAAUAGUUACUAUUUUGUGAUUUUUAGUUUAGUUGAAUUUCGGAUAUUUUUUCUAAAUAUUAUUUGAAAUUAGCAUUUAUUGUUACUUUUUUACAAUGAAUCACAAUUCUAUUAAACUUUUUCAGUUUUAGAGUUGAAUAUUAGAGAAACGAUUAUUUUAGUUGUUAGUUGCUUAACUGUUGUUAAAAAUUUGUUUCUUUUUGUAAAAACAUUUCCGUCGAAUCGACUACGAUUUUACUUCGUGCAGUCUUUUUUUUUGUUUAAAUACGGUAAACACUAUUUUUGUUACGUGUAUUUGAAAAUUGCAUUUUGUAAACAUUUUCCACGUCCUUUCGAUAUUAAACAUCAUUUAAUGAUUUUAAUUUCCGAGAAUUUAAUUGAUGUAUUUAAAGAAAAUUUUGUUGAACUUAUUUAAAAACAAAAAAUAAUAACGUCGAUAAAUGUAAUGGCUUGUUAACCGAUUUUAAUAGAGACUUUUGUAGAUGUAAAUUGAUAAGCAUAGGAGAUUUUACAAUAUUGUUUGUUAAAAAGAAAGUAAUUCUCCUGUUUUUCGAAUGAAGCUUUUAAAAGACAAUUUUCUCGAUCAUUGAUCAGAAUAGGUUAAUAGCUUAAUAUAUAGAAAUUUUUUGAAAUAUCGUACUUUACUAGAUUAUUAUUAUCAAUUAUUAUAUAAUAUGUAUAUGCUAUUGAAUUGAAGAAAUCUUUAAUAAAUUUUAUAAUUUAUAAAAGACAAAAUUUAAAUAAUUUUCGCUUCUUAACAAUAUAAAAGAGUUCAACGAUUCGUGAAUGGUAAAAUUAAAAAAAAAAUCAGUUGAUAUUCAAUUAAAUUAUUUUCAAUAUUGAAGACUAAAUUUCAAACUCUUUUUUAAAUUCAAAAAAAUCAAACUCUUUUCUAAAUUAAAAAAAUUCAAACUCUUUUCCAAAUUAAAAAAUAUCACUAGCUUAUAAAUAAAAUAAAAUUGUAAAACUUUACUUUAACUUCAAGUAAUUCCAAUAGAUGUAAUAAUAAUAUUAUAAAAAUGUAAUAAUUCAUUCCGUAAUUGUGUCUUCGUUUUUAGUGUCGACUGAAAUUUAUCCAUGCUGUGUUACUCGAUGUUUAAAAUAAAAUUUGCACUUUGUGAUCAACUGUAUAUUUGUGUUUUUUCAUUCAAUAAAAAAUAAAA